AGGGCGUUACAGACCCACUUGUGAUACCUAUGUUAUAGCUGAUUACGACGAUGGAGUUGUUGUGAUCGCCAGCCACACCUGGCCUAAUUUACAGCCACCAUGAUAAGGACAGAGAUAUGUUGUGGUUUACCUGGGAUACUGACAGCUGUGCUCCUGUGUCAAUUUCUUGUCUCAGAAGUUUCCUUCGCCUUAGCAGACGGCACACACACAUCUCCCGCCUCGACGAGUACCAUAUCAACCUCCAAAGAUAACCGUUCCACGGAGUCUUCAGCUUCCACAACACCGUCCACAAUGACAUCCGCAGCGACAACACGUGCUGGUGCAAAUGGCACCGACUUUCCGGGAAGUGUGUCCACUAUUCAUCUCCUCAACGCCACAGUGGCACCAAGCGUGGCUGCCAAUCCGUUGACGGCAGGUGAGAUAAUCGGUAUAGCUAUAGGUGUCCUCGUUGUAGCUUCUGCCAUUGGAAUUGCCGUUCUGUGUCUUCGUAAGAAAAGUGGUUAUAAACAAGCGGUCUCCGCCCCAGUCACGUAUAGAAAGGGGUCUAACUUGAGGACGGACAGGGCACCGUUAACCACGCGGGAUAAGGACCCAUCUCCACCUCCAGCCACGCUGGAGGAUCAGUUCUUCAUCGAGAAUGAUUCUAACAGACGACUGAAAACCGUGUCUAACGGACGCGUACUGAAGAACAAACGACAAGAUCAGGAGGAUGCGGCGUCGUCGGACGUGGAGACAACCUUAGCUCGGGACGGAGGAGAUGACGACUACUUCUACGACGAAAUCUUCGGUAAAUCCGACUUCACAGACGAAAAGACGAGUGCCGCCAUUAAAGAGUUGUCCUCCCCCAAACCGGACGACGAAUGGCCCGAUCUGAUUUUUGAUGACGAUCCGUUCAGUUAAUUUUUCAGUUUCCAAAAUGACGUGCGAGGUCCACAUGCCAAGGUCACAAAGUGAAUAUAUGCUGUCUUCCAACAAGUGUUUAUUAAGCGGACAUCGAGUAUCCGGAUCUCAUAUUUGUUGAUCCGUGUAGUUGGUUGUUACUGUUUUUCAAAUUGGCAUGAUGGUCACAAAGCGAUUAUAUGCAGUUUUAAAUAAAGGGUUCACUUUUGCAGUAAAAGAAAAAUCAUUUAUGCUCAAAUAAUUACAAAUGGAACUGAUUCUUUCUCCGAUAAAAGGGUGGUGUUAGGUUACAAAAAUCCGUUUCAAAACCUAGUACGACACGUGCGGAUAAACGCGGGCUGUUUCCGGGCUCUGCACGGUUUCAUCCCACCAGAAUGCUGUCCGCCGUCGUAUAAGUGAAAUAUUCUUGUGUACUUCUUAAAACACCAUUUAAAGAAAUAAAUGAACAAUUUUCUUCAUGAUCCAUACAAAUUCCAAGAAGUUAUUAAGCAUGUACCGCAUAAUACACCUGCCAUUCAAACAUCGCCAUGAUUCAUUCCAAGCCUAACUAUAUAAUUUACGUGGGUGUCGCCGUAACAAUGUAUUUUAUACAUGUUGACAAUGAUGAGAUCAUUUAUAUGUACUUUCAUUAUAUCAAAAAUAUAGGCAUAUAAAUCGCUCAAGCAGUAUAUGUGAUAAAUAGGGUAUACAUAUGUUCAUGUGGAGAUAUUUAAUACAAUGUCGUAACCCACUGAAACCUGUAGCAGACAUAACCGCAUGCUUUAUUGUAUGCAGUACUGUAUCUUUUACUGUAUGCAUUAUUGUAUGCAUUGUUCUAUCCGUUACAGUAUGCAUUACCGUAUGUUUUAUUAUAUGCAUUAUUAUAUACAUUAUUAUAUACAUUAUUGUAUUAAGUAACAGAACUUUACUGCUCAUUCAGUUAGUUCAGUGUACCCGCAUAUGUCCUUUAUUAAUCGUACGCCAUGUUACGUAUUACAGAGUAAUACCCUCGUGAUACAGAUUGUCGGAUACACCUGUACACCUGUACGCCCCAUGUUACCUAUUACAGAGUAAUACCCUCGUGAUACAGGUUGUCGGAUACGCCUGUACACAUGUACGCCAUGUUAGCUAUUACAGAGAAAUACCCUCGUGAUACAGGUUGUCGGUUACGCCUGUACACCUGUACGCCAUGUUACCUAUUACAGAGUAAUACCCUCGUGAUACACGUUGUCGGUUACGCCUGGACAAAUGUACACCAUGUUAGCUAUUACAGAGUAAUACCUUCGUGAUACAGGUUGUCGGAUACGCCUGUACACAUGUACGCCAUGUUAGCUAUUACAGAGUAAUACCUUCGUGAUACAGGUUGUCGGUUACGCCUGUACACCUGUACGCCAUGUUACCUAUUACAGAGUAAUACCCUCGUGAUACAGGUUGUCGGAUACGCCUGUACACAUGUACGCCAUGUUAGCUAUUACAGAGUAAUACCCUCGUUACACAGGUUGUCGGUUACGCCUGUACACAUGUACGCCAUGUUAGCUAUUACAGAGUAAUACCUUCGUGAUACAGGUUGUCGGUUACGCCUGUACACACGACGCCAUGUUAGCUAUUACAGAGUAAUACCCUCGUGAUACAGGUUGUCGGAUACGCCUGUACACAUGUACGCCAUGUUAGCUAUUACAGAGUAAUACCUUCGUGAUACAGGUUGUCGUUUACGCCUGGACAUAUGUACACCAUGUUAGCUAUUACAGAGUAAUACCUUCGUGAUACAGGUUGUCGGAUACGCCUGUACACAUGUACGCCAUGUUAGCUGUUACAGAGUAAUACCCUCGUGAUACAGGUUGUCGGUUACGCCUGUACACCUGUACGCCAUGUUAGCUAUUACAGAGUAAUACCCUCGUGAUACAGGUUGUCGGAUACGCCUGUACACAUGUACGCCAUGUUAGCUAUUACAGAGUAAUACCCUCGUUAUACAGGUUGUCGGUUACGCCUGUACACAUGUACGCCAUGUUAGCUAUUACAGAGUAAUACCUUCGUGAUACAGGUUGUCGGAUACGCCUGUACACAUGUACGCCAUGUUAGCUGUUACAGAGUAAUACCCUCGUGAUACAGGUUGUCGGAUACGCCUGUACACAUGUACGCCAUGUUAGCUAUUACAGAGUAAUACCUUCGUGAUACAGGUUGUCGGAUACGCCUGUACACAUGUACGCCAUGUUAGCUAUUACAGAGUAAUACCCUCGUUAUACAGGUUGUUGGAUACGCCUGUUCACAUGUACGCCAUGUUACCUGUAACACAGUAAUACCCUCGUUAUACAGGUUGUUGGAUAGAUAUGUACGUCAUGUAUAUAAAUAUAUGGCAACUUGAAUUGGAUGGAUAUACUAUAUCUGGGAUUAAUAUAAUACGUCUGCUAUGUUAGUCGCAGAUUAUAUGUAGGCCGUUGUCCAGGUUUAGUGUAUACUGUCUCUACCUAUAGAAAGAACGAUAUUUAUUUGGGGGCAUGAACACGUGAUUGCAGGUAGGCUCUGUGUCAAAACAUGAUAAAUAAGGAUCGAACCCUUGUGUUUUAUAUAAGAUGAUUAAAUGAAAAUACAGUUAAGUGGCCAUUGUUUUAUAAUUAACGAAGCUCUAAUGUAACAUGUAUGACGGGAUGUUUCACGUAGAUUUGACCGGUUAUUUUCCUGUUUUGCCGCGUUCCCGAAAUUGUGCCAUUAAGCUGUUUUCAGCGCUGCCAUUGAGUUCUGCCAAACACCGUGCUAUUUUAAUAAACACUACCCCGUGCUAUUUGAUAAACACUACCCCGUGCUAUUUGAUAAACACUCCGUGCUAUUUGAUAAACACUACCUCGUGCCAUUUGAUAAACACUACCCCGUUCCAUUUGAUAAACAUUACCCCGUGCUAUUUGAUAAACACUACCCCGUGCUAUUUUGAUAAACACUACCCCGUGCUAUUUGAUAAACACUACCCCGUGCCAUUUGAUAAACACUACCCCGUGCCAUUUGAUAAACACUACCCUGUGCUAUUUUCAUAAACACUACCCCGUGCUAUUUGAUAAACACUACCCCAUGCUAUUUAAUAAACGCUAUCCCGUGCUAUUUGAUAAACACUACCCCGUGCUAUUGAAGUGUAGUCCACGUUUUGCUACUGAGUUGUAUCCAGCACUGUGCUAUUCAACUGUUUUCUUACUCAGUACUCUUGAGUUGCAUACAACAGUGUUCUUUUGAGCUGCACAUGCCCUACUCCGUGCUACUGAACUGUAGUCAACAAUGCACUCACUACUAAACCGCAGUCAACAUUAUAUGAUUGAGCUGUACUCAACCCUAGCUGUGUGUACAACAGGACUGAGCUGUACAUCUUUCCAUUGUUCCUAUUGCAAUAACAGGAAAAUAAAAAGAAUAUUCUCUUCACACAACCAUAUACACAAAUGUAUACAUUCUUAAAAUAUGAUUCCGAACAGCCUGCGUGAACACAGUUGGCUUGUCUGUACAUAUGCUAGAAAUACUGUAAAAGGAUUUCAUUAAUUCUUAACUUGGUUUAUCUUGAUUGGUUUUGAUAUGUCGAGAUACUCAUGUUUGCUGCAGUUAUUGAAAUGUUUAAUACAAGAAAAUCUGACUAUAUGGCAGAAAUAUUCCUUUGCCCGCAAGCGCACGACCGUCUUUUAAAUGAUGAUCCUACUGUUUGCAUUUACAAUUGGAAUGCAUAUGAAGGCCUAGAUGUACAUGUGGCCUAUCCGCCUAUAGCAAGCCUGUAUACACGAUGGCACUGCUUUUCCUUGCCACUUACAUGUAUAUAGUCAAUUUAUAUAUUUCAAAGUACUGCUAUACUUGUAUUGUCUGGAAGUGACGUCAUAGUAUUUUGACAUCAUUUUAUCUCUGGGAGAAGGGUUUUUGUAAUAAUCCUUGGCAAAUAAUAAUGUCUUCAGUUCUUUCAAAAAUUAACAACCAGUGCAUUAGCUGAGUUAGAGUCAUAGGACUUAAUUAUUCUCUGUCAUUAUCAAAUUUAAAAGACAAUUGUUUUGUUCCUAGACUAUUCACCCGAGGAUAAAUCCAAUGCAUUUGACUGUAUAGUUACUAUAGAACACCUUUAUUUUAAACAUUAUUUUUCAUGUGCCGUGAUUUGAAUUCCAAAACGAAAGUAUGAAAGGGUAGAAUAAUACGGUGUAUAUUUACGAUCAGUGUUUUCAAACGAUCACUUAAGUUGUGAUAGAGGAAUUAAUAUCACGUUUAAUUAUCAAUAAAUACUGUGGGUAGUCUUGUAUUUCAACGCUUUGGUUUGUUUUCUUUGACGGUGUACGCAACACCCAUUUUCAUUUGUGAACGAAACAGUAUUCUUUUUGGUAGGUCAGGCCUAUAGUCUACUGGUGCUGAUAU